UGAAAUAGAACGGUGUUAGUGUGUGCAGAAUAAUAACAUUGCAUCUGAAUACAAUUUUAUUCAAACAAACAACAUCAGCAGAUGAGUUUAGAACGUUGGUCGUGUUUUACAUAGAUUAUUGCUGUUUUAUUUUGUACAUCGUUUAUCAUUAACACCGCGGCGUUAAACACGUUACGUCUUGAAUAUCAUUUUUGACUGAAUAGUCCGAUAUACCUGUGAAUUUCAUUAAACACGUUACGUUGUGUAUUUGUGAUAAUUAUCACAUAAUAAGAUUUGUGUUUUUCAGUAUUAUAUAGAUGCGUGUGUCUGUGUUCAUGUACGCGUGUAUAUAUGUUCGAUAGAAUAUUGGAAGGUUAAGCGUGUAUAUUUGAUAAUCGAACAGAACACAAAAACAACAACAAAAAAACGAGUUAGUCUUAAACAAAUAUGUAUUUAAAUGGGCUAAUAACAAUUUGGAGAUUUUUUUACGAUAAAUCUCAACACUCAUUGCGGCUGUCAUAACUCUCAUUUAUAUAUAAUCGAAAACGUGAUUGUUUCACAGUGACUGAUAUUAACUCAAUCUGGAUACUAAAGAAACAAAAGAGAGAGAGAGAGAGAGAGAGAGAAAAAAAUGAAAGAUAUACAGAACAAUUUACACAAAUUAUAAAUCAUUUAGUGGAUCGAACAUAAUUCGAAAUUUUAAUCGAAUGAGACUAUAUUUUUUACACUGAACAAUAUAAUAAUUUACGGUGCAUAAAUGAAGGAAACAAAAAAAAAAGUAAAAUAACGAGCGAAAAACGAUUACCAACAAAGAGAGUAAGAAACAUUGAAAAAUAAAAAAAAUAUAAUUAGCAGUGAAAUCAAUAUAAAAUCGAAUGUGAACUUCUACUUUCAAUUUCGAUGCCAUUUAUACAUCAACACCGAACACAGUGCGAAUACAAAAGGCAAACAAAACACAAGUGAUUUGAAUUAGAUCGUAAAUCGUGAUAAAAAACCACAAAAAAAUCUUUUUGUUAAACACUCAAAAUUACAACAUUCCAUUAAUUAACCUAUCCAUUAAUUAGUUAAUAAAACGAAAAAAUCGCGCCGCAUUCACAUACAAUUUGAUUGCAAAACAUUUUGAACUCAACGAAAAUUUGGUACAUAAAUCGUGUUAACGCAUAUUUUAUUUUUCAAAUAAAAAUAUUGAAAAAAACAAAACUCGAAUUAAGAAACUACGAGAAGAAGAAAUAAAUUCUCUUCAUUUGAUGGUAUUUUAAAACGAAAUGGCUGGAAUGAAAAUUGAGCCGGCCGUUCGCAUGCAAUGGCGGUUAACGGUAAAACAUCGAUGAUCUCACCUCCCUCUUCGGCAUCAAACGGCCCUGAGCCAUCACAACUUCCGCCGUAUCCACCACCUUUACGUUCAGGUCAAGUUUUACAACCAUUAUCAGUGUUCACAGCCAAUUUAAAUUCGGACGUUUCGUAUGAUUAUGUUUUUGGACCACCACUCGAUUCGCCAGCAUUGUCUUCUACGAUUAAGCUGACCUCACCUCCUAUUAGACUUAGAUCUGAUGAUGUCCAUCAACAAGAUAGUUUAGAUGAUGGACGACACUAUCGUCGUUCGAUUGGAUAUGUACCGAAACGUCAAAGACCCCUAGCGGACAGCGCAUCGAACGCAUCCAGUAGAGGUCAUGGCGAGUCGCAUACCUUCUCAUAUGAUGAGGCCACACUUCGACAAUUACUUCUCGAUUUGCAAAAGCAAGUUAGCGUGAUGAGUAUGAAUUUGACAGCGAAAUUGGAUGAGCUCCAACGGGGUGAUCGUCACAUGGAAACUACAGUUGCUCUGUGUGAAAUCCGAACUCAAUUACAAGAACUGACGAAAUCAGUGGAGAGUUGUCAAAGCGAAGUUUCUGAAGUCAAACGUGAUAUGGUAGCUAUUAAACAUGAAUUAGAUACAGUACAACAAGUGAAAGAGGAAAUUGAAGAGUUGCGUGAAUAUGUAGAUAGACUUGAAGAACACACACAUCGUCGGAAACUGAGAUUGUUGGAACAAGGUCUCACUUUCUUCCUAACAUAUGCCAUCUUUGCGGCUGUGCUUGGUAUGCUGCAAUUCGGCUAUAACACAGGAGUGAUUAACGCGCCGGGUAAAAAUAUUGAGAAUUUCAUCAAAGAUGUGUACAAAGAACGUUACAAAGAAGAUGUUAGCGAUGAUUUUAUCAAGCAUCUGGGUUCGAUAGCUGUGUCAAUAUUUGCAAUUGGUGGCAUGCUGGGUGGUUUUUGCGGUGGAUGGAUGUCAAACCGCUUUGGCCGAAAAGGUGGUUUGCUAUUAAAUAAUGUGUUUGGCAUAGCCGGUGGUGCAUUGAUGGGCUUCACCAAAAUCAGUCAAUCGUAUGAGAUUCUAUUCUUGGGUCGAUUCAUCAUCGGUUUGAAUUGUGGUUUGAAUACGUCGCUUGUACCAAUGUAUAUAUCGGAAAUAGCACCCUUAAAUUUGCGUGGUGGUCUUGGUACUGUUAAUCAAUUAGCUGUCACGAUAGGUUUACUAUUAUCCCAAGUAUUGGGCGUUGAAGAAAUUUUAGGAACAAAUGAUGGAUGGCCUGUAUUGCUGGGCUUAGCUAUUUGUCCGGCAGUUUUACAAUUGAUCCUAUUGCCAAUAUGUCCGGAGUCACCGAGAUACCUAUUGAUCACCAAACAAUGGGAAGAAGAGGCACGUCGUGCUUUGCGUCGCCUCCGUGCAUCCAAUUCAGUUGAAGAGGAUAUUGAGGAAAUGCGCGCCGAAGAGCGUGCCCAGCAAUCAGAAAGUCAUAUAUCAACAAUGGAAUUAAUUUGUUCGCCAACGUUGCGAGCUCCAUUAAUCAUUGGAAUUGUUAUGCAAUUGAGUCAACAACUUAGCGGCAUCAAUGCUGUUUUCUACUAUUCAACAUCUUUGUUCACCAGUGCCGGUCUGACGGAGGGAAAUGCAAAAUAUGCCACCAUCGGAAUUGGAGCUAUAAUGGUUGUAAUGACAUUAGCUUCAAUACCACUAAUGGAUCGUACCGGUCGAAGAACUCUACAUUUAUAUGGAUUAGGCGGAAUGUUUAUAUUUUCCAUUUUCAUAACAAUUUCAUUUUUGAUAAAGGAAAUGAUCGACUGGAUGUCUUACUUAUCGGUGAUAUCAACAUUGGCAUUUGUUGUGUUCUUCGCUGUUGGCCCGGGUUCAAUUCCAUGGAUGAUAACCGCCGAACUAUUUUCACAAGGACCUCGACCCAGUGCAAUGGCCAUAGCUGUAUUAGUCAAUUGGAUGGCAAACUUUGUCGUCGGCAUUGGUUUUCCACCUUUAAAGGGUGCAUUGGAAAACUAUACAUUCUUACCGUUUAGUGUGUUUUUAGCAAUAUUUUGGAUAUUUACCUAUAAAAAAGUACCCGAAACGAAAAAUAAAACGUUUGAAGAGAUUCUCGCAUUAUUCAGACAUGGAAGAGGAAUUCGCGACAGUAGGUUGUAUGGGAGCAUGCUUAACUGCGUCAAUAGUCUGGAGCCACAGAGUAUGAAUUCUGGUAUUGAACAUGCCGCACUGAUGAUAUCUGAGGAGAAAACCCAGCAUGAUUCACUGUUCGGACCAUCGGCGUUUAGUCUAAUGACUGACGGUGAAAUUCCAUUAGAUGGACCGUCGGCUUUCAGUCUAAUGACUGAUGGCGAAAUGGGACCGUAUCCAUUGUCAGAUAAUACAAAUCUAUUAAGUUCAAACAGUUACGGUAUGUCACUUUAUCGUAAUUAUGGAACGAGUUAUGGCACAAACUAUGCAUCAUGUAACCUUUAUACGGCAAAAUAUAGCAAUAAAAAUGCAUCGAGCACAGCAACAACGUCCAAUCUAAAUAAUAAUACCGCUUACGAAACGUGCAAUCGAACACAUUGCACGGCUGGAGGUUCGACCUCAAAUACAAAAAGCAAAUGCAAUACCCCAGUGCCAACGAGAAGAAGUGCGAAACGAGAACGGGAUAGCUUUCGGCGGCAUUCAGCUCAUGGUCGAAUGUCCUCUUCAUCACAAGCUGGUGUUUCUGUCCCCCAUCACCUUCGUCAACAUGUAUGCCCGAACACCGGACCAUGACUGAAGAGUAAAGCUGCCGCCAGCGCCGUAUCACCGUUAUCAUCGCAAUGCAAUUCAAAUGCUGAUGUUGAAUGUUUAACAGCAUCAACAACGGCCGAACCAACUGCUUUUAUGAACGCU